GAGUCAGAGCAGGACACCGCUCUGAGUUCGGCGUGGCGCCCCCUCCCGGCAAUCCCGGAGCCAAGCACCGCCCUCCGCGCUCCCACCCCCCUCCGCAGCCACUUCCGGCAGGCGCUGCGCUGCUGGGGGGCGCGGGCGAGGAUGGCGGCGGAGAACGAGGCUAGCCAGGAAAGCGCCCUGGGCGCCUACUCGCCGGUAGACUACAUGAGCAUCACCAGCUUCCCGCGGCUACCUGAGGAUGAGCCGGCGCCCGCGGCCCCUCUGAGGGGCCGCAAGGACGAGGAUGCUUUUCUGGGAGAUCCGGAUACCGACCCAGACUCCUUCCUGAAGUCAGCAAGACUGCAGCGGCUACCAUCAUCAUCAUCAGAGAUGGGCAGCCAGGAAGGGUCACCGCUAAGAGAGACCCGCAAGGACCCUUUCUCUGCAGCAGCGUCAGAAUGCACCUGCCGCCAGGACGGGCUCACGGUCAUCGUCACGGCCUGCCUCACCUUCGCCACGGGUGUCACUGUGGCUCUAGUCAUGCAGAUUUACUUUGGAGACCCACAGAUCUUUCAGCAGGGUGCCGUGGUGACCGAUGCUGCCCGUUGCACAUCGCUGGGCAUUGAGGUGCUCAGUAAACAGGGAUCUUCAGUGGAUGCAGCUGUGGCAGCAGCCUUAUGUCUGGGAAUCGUGGCUCCACACAGUUCUGGCCUAGGCGGUGGGGGUGUGAUGCUGGUACAUGACAUUCGAAGAAAUGAAAGCCACCUGAUUGAUUUCCGGGAGUCCGCACCAGGGGCCCUCAGGGAAGAGGCAUUGCAGAGAUCUUGGGAGACCAAGCCUGGGCUCUUGGUGGGGGUCCCCGGAAUGGUGAAGGGGCUACAUGAAGCUCACCAGCUCUAUGGCAGGCUGCCCUGGUCCCAAGUCCUGGCCUUCGCAGCAGCUGUGGCCCAAGAUGGCUUCAAUGUGACCAAUGAUCUAGCUCGCGCCCUGAUAGAGCAGCUGCCUCCCAAUGCAUCCGAGCGCUUCCGGGAGACAUUCCUGCCACUGGGCCACCCACCACUACCUGGCUCUCUGCUGCGUCGGCCUGACCUGGCUGAGGUGCUGGAUACACUUGGCACCUCUGGCCCUGCUGCCUUCUAUGCUGGUGGUAACCUCACACUGGAGAUGGUGGCAGAGGCUCAACAUGCAGGGGGUGUCAUAACUGAGGAGGACUUCAGCAACUACAGUGCCCUCGUGGAAAAGCCUGUGUGUGGCGUAUACAGAGGUCACCUGGUUCUCAGUCCCCCACCCCCGCACACGGGCCCUGCUCUCAUCAGUGCCCUCAACAUCCUUGAGGGCUUCAAUCUUACCAGCCUGGUAUCCCGUGAACAGGCUCUUCACUGGGUGGCAGAGACCCUGAAGAUUGCAUUAGCUCUGGCCAGCAGACUGGGAGAUCCCAUCUAUGAUUCUACCAUCACAGAGAGCAUGGAUGACAUGCUCAGUAAGGUGGAGGCUGCCUACUUCCGGGGCCACAUCAAUGACUCCCAGGCGGCUCCUGCCCCGCUCCUGCCUGUCUAUGAGCUUGAUGGGGCUCCCACAGCUGCUCAGGUGCUGAUUAUGGGUCCUGAUGACUUCAUUGUAGCCAUGGUCAGUUCCCUGAACCAGCCCUUUGGCAGUGGCCUCAUCACUCCCUCAGGGAUCCUGCUCAACAGCCAGAUGCUGGAUUUCUCCUGGCCCAACAGAACUGCUAACCACUCUGCACCUAGCCUGGAGAACUCAGUGCAGCCAGGGAAGCGACCACUUUCUUUCCUAUUGCCCACUGUGGUCCGACCGGCAGAGGGGCUCUGUGGGACCUACCUCGCUCUGGGGGCCAAUGGAGCUGCCCGGGGCCUCAGUGGACUGACCCAGGUUCUGCUGAAUGUUCUGACCUUGAACAGAAACCUGAGUGACAGCCUGGCCCGUGGCCGCCUGCACCCGGACCUGCAGUCCAACCUCCUGCAGGUGAGUUCACAGAGGAAGAGAUUGAGUUUCUGGAAGCCAGGGGUCAUCAUGUGGAGAAGGUCGAUGUCUUAUCCUGGGUCCAUGGCAGCCGGAGAACCAACAACUUCAUCAUCGGUGUGAAAGAUCCUCGGAGCCCUGACGCAGCUGGAGCCACCAUCCUGUAGAGCAGCUGGGUGGGACGGGGUCUCUGCUCCCCACCUUUGCAUGUUCCCAGAGUCCCUCCUUCUCCCAGGUUUGGUCUCUGGGGAACCCCAGGGAUGCUACAGAUCAGGGGCCAGGGGGAUGCUUAGCAAACCCUAUUGCAGAGUAAGGGGGAAAUUCUUAUCAGGAGACCUGUGGUGGUGGUGUUAGAGUAAGUGUCACUACCCACAACCAGGCAGGCAGGACCUUGAGGAGUUCGACUCUCUGUCUGCUCUCCUCCUUCAGCCAUGCUGGUCCUGAGCUUAGGGAUGUGCUUGCAAACCCUCCUCUAGGGUUUCACAACCCCAACAUCUCCAGACAGGCCUGACCUGGGCCUUGUCUUCCACUCCCUUCUCCUGUCCCCAGCCUCAUUUCUUAAAUGACUAGGAUUUUUUUUUUAAUGGACCACCAUGGGGAGAGCGU